AUGUUCCAGUGGGCCUUAGGCAGCGCGACAUUCAACAACGCACACACACAAACACACCUAACCGAGGUACAGGCGAAGCACCGGCUGGUGCGAAGUGUCUUCGGUGGCGGUAACAGCGCGACGGUAGUUGAUCGGCGGACCUCCGCCACAAUGGCUUGUGUGACGGUGCGUGGCGACGAGCGUCGUCCACGGACGGCGACGACGUCCUCUUCAUCCGCGAUCAAGUGCUCCAGGUGCUGGUGUUUCGCUGUCACGUUGUGCUGUGCCUCGCUGUUUUGGAUUCUUGAUUCUGUUGCUGCCGAUUGCUGGUAUGAAGAGGAAAGACACGAAGAAGGCAUCGAAGUGGCCACAAUCGAACCUUGCCUAAACUGCACGUGUAGCAAAGGCGUGCUGCUUUGCUAUCUGAGAGUCUGCCCGAAAUUACCGAACCCUCCACCGCCUGGUUGCAUUUUAUUGCACAGAUACAGAACGUGCUGUAGCGAAUUAAUUUGUCCGGAAAUGCCAAGCGGUGGAAAUACUUUGGAAGCAAGAUCAGAACCUGAUGAUAAUGGGAUUGAGAUAUAUGAUAGAAAAAUAUUAAGAAAUGCUUGUGUUGUUAAUGGAAGUAUAUAUGGCCCUGGUUCAGCAAUGGACUCAUCAACUCUAUGCGAGUACUGUUAUUGUUUAGCUGGCAAGCAGACCUGCGUAAAACCUAAAUGUCUACUACCCAUAGAAGGUUGUACACCCAUUAACGACCCCACUAGUUGUUGCCCUGUACGAUAUAACUGCACUAGAAGGCUUGAACUCAGUAGUACCACUAGUUCUACUACCACCACUAUGAAACCUUAUCCUGUAGCAAACAAAGGUGGAUGCCUUGUGGAUAACAUGCAUUACCUUGAAGGCGGUAAAGUGCUCGGUAUGGGUCAUUCCAUAUGCGAUAAUUGUUACUGCAUAAGAGGUAUUUUAAGAUGUGAACCCUUAUCAUGUGCUCCAGCCUUACUGGGCUGCAGCCCAAUUAUUAAACCUGGGGAGUGUUGUGCUGCUAGUUAUAACUGCAGUGGUACCAUAGAAAUCCAGGCAGAACCCCAUUACGGUCAGUUCCCGACUGUAAGCAAAGAAUACGCAAAGCUACGUAAGGAGGUUCAGCAGCGAAAGCCUUUGGUUGCUUCCAAAAAAACAGCUGUCACUGAAAAUACUAAUAUGCCUUAUUAUGUUAUCGCUGAAUCUUCAGAGACUUUUAAAACAAGGUUACCUGGAUCAUUUGGUACGACUAGGCAUUUCACUGGGUUGACUUUCAAUCCUAGCACUGUGAAACCUUUUUAUUACUCUAAAGUUGUGUCCAUGGAUAAUAAUAACAAUAAGCAUUCUACAAGAAGUUAUACAGAGAAAAGGCCAGAUGUUUACUAUGCCACAACGAACUAUGAAUUCCAAAAUAAGAAUUUUAAAAGACCAUUCUCAACAACUAAUAAACCUUUAAAAGAUACAACAAAAACUUACAAGGAAGAAAAGUUAAGAUCAUCUGACUACCUAGGUUUAAGUGAUGAGAGUUUAUUAAGCAUCGUAGAUUCUUUACUUGAUGUAAGACUCAAUAGAAAAGUUGAAAAUGAGACAACGGAGACUACGGAAACCUCAACUACUACAAUUGAUGAUGAUAAUACCACCAUCAAAGAUGAAUCAACAACCACUUUAGAUAUAACUACGACCACUGACAAUUUCACUGAUGAAUCCGACAAUUCCACUACAGAAUAUUUUACUACAGACUCAAAUGAAGUUAAAAACAACAUUGUAACAGUAAAAACAGUCACCAACUCUACUGAUUGUACUGAUAAUUUAAACAAUACCAACACAAUCUUACAUAACGUACGAAGUAAACCUGAAUUCACCACCGUUCUUCCAGUGGAUGCCAACGAAAUUAAUAAGUUGGCAGAACUGAAAACACUAAGUUAUUACACUACAACGGAUGAUUUUUCAUCUGAGGUUACUACAAAUGGUGAUGUUACAGAGGUUGACUUGGAAAGUAGGGUUAAAGUAUCCAGUGUUACCAUGAAAAGUUUGGGGAAAUCGCAGCCUGAUAUCGAAGCCAUAUUGAAUAUUACCAAGCAUAAAGAUAGCGAUUAUGAUUAUGAUUAUAAUGAACCGUCUUUGCCACCUUCAUUGCCAAACUUAAAGAUUAUACCGUUUGUAGCAGCAGAUGCUUUGGACUCUAAAAACCAGAUAGCUAAAGAUAAUAAUAUUUAUCCACAGGAUAGAAUUUCUUCAGAUAUAUCUUUCGGCUAUUCAAACCUUUUUUCUCCUCCCAGCGAAACAGAAGGUGGGUUUGUUCCAAAAGAAGCCCCAAUCUUGGACAACUUCUACGAAAACGCAGUAACAAUGCCGUCGAUAACUAACCCCCCCAAAUCUACUGAACUUGACUGCCUGACUGACUCGGGGAAGAUUUCACAUGGAAUGCCGACUAAUUCCGAUCUGCCAUGUACAACAUGUACUUGUUUUUACGGAAAUAUAGUCUGUCAAAAACCUGAAUGCCCUCCUGCACCACGACUGAGCUGUAGAGUGUCUACUGUACAGGAUUUGAGUUUGUGCUGCCCUAGCUAUGUUUGUGAUGACGAAGAAGCCCCGACUGUAGUCUUAGAUCGCCUGGAAAACAUCUCAAACUCUCAGGAAGUUGUCACUGUAGCUGAAGGAGUAUCAACUCAUGAUCCUUUUAGGGAUGUUAUAAGAACAGAGCCAGCACCUGACUUGCAGUCUUUGAUAGUGGAUAUGAUGCCGUUUUUGGCACGAAAGACAACACCCAUCCCAACCACAACUACCACCACUGCAUCUCCAACAACUGUUAAAAUAAAUAAUGAAACCAACGUAGAAGAGGACGAGUUUUCUUUGGAUAAAGUCCUUCAGUUGCUUUUUUCAGGAGAUAAGGAAGAUACCACGACUAUAAAACCAUCGACUAUACUUCCACCAACUGUUAAAACGAAACCACCAGCGCCAUCUACCACUCAGAAACCAAAACCACUAGAAAAAACUACAGAGAAUAGCAAACGACAAAAAGCAAAGAAUAAAACAAAACCAAACAACUUAAACAGUGUGGUUAAUUCGCCGCCUCCGGGGGUGGGGUUACUAAAAUUGGCUGGUUGUAAUAUUUACGGUAGGAUGUAUAGAGUGGGCCGAAUUAUUUCCGAAUUAUCAGGACCGUGUCUAGAGUGUAAAUGUACUGACAUUGGUGUCCAGUGUAAAGCAUUAAAAUGUUGAUUUUUUUGACUUUGUGGUGAUGAUUUCCGUGUAUUAUAAUAGGUGAUAAUUUUUUUUAUGAACUUGCCGAAAGUAUUAUUUUAAACUUACAUACUUAGUUUGCAACCUGGAAAAUUCCAAAAUUUUCCGUUUAAUAGCCGUUCAUACUUUACUCUAGAUCUCAAUCACUUACCCUUUUUGAAACAUUUUGUGCCAUUUAUCAUUUAAAUUUUCACAGAACCAUAAUUAUUUAAAUAAUCUUUUUACCAUAGUCUGCCUAUUAUAUCAACUUACAUAUGGAGAGUUCCAGUGAUAUAAAUGUUGUAAAGUAUUAUAGGUUUAAUAUUUUGAUGUAUUUUUAGUCUUAUAAGAUUUAUUUAUUGAGUUUUAUAACAUUAUUUUGCCACAUAGAGGC